GGCAGACCAGCGUGCGGAGCACUCUUUCGGGGCUAAUUUUGAGGCUAAUUUCAGUGGGCACACGACUUUGGCACGGUUCGCGAAGGAUGCCCCGCGGGCGAAAUUAAUUCAAUCACCAUCCCGCAAUUGGCGUCGACAAAUGAAGAAUUGAAUUCCGAUUCUCAGGUCGGUGCCCGUCGCGAUCCCCCCAAAUUAGUAGAAAGUGUUGCACCAAGUUGAUUGAAAGGCCAAACCCAGCCACAUAGUAUACAGGUUCUCGGCCAUGUUGAACUACCAGCACUCGCUGCCCGUCGGCAAUCCCGGGAGCUACUACUACGGCCCGACGGGAUCGCACUCCCUGGCGGUCUCCGGAGAGGGUUAUCCGUCGCAAAAUAUCGACUCGGAGGACAAACUAAUCGACCCGGAGGGCAAUGUCCGGGACCUGGAGAAGAUGCACAGGUUCUCGGUGGACAAUCUGAUCGAGCUGAAGCACGAUGGCUACGGCAAGAGUAAGCUGUCCAUGGAGCUCAACAACAACUACGGCGGCGGCAGUGUCGGCGGUGGAAGUGGUCUACCAGGCUGCCCAGGAAAUAUUUCAGCGGGUCACUCGAGGAAGCCGCGACGCAACCGCACCACCUUCAGUUCCGCCCAACUGACGGCCUUGGAGAAGGUCUUCGAGAGGACUCACUAUCCGGACGCCUUUGUGCGCGAGGAGCUGGCCACCAAGGUGCACUUGAGCGAGGCACGGGUCCAGGUCUGGUUCCAGAAUCGCCGUGCCAAAUUCCGCCGGAACGAGCGCAGCGUGGGCUCCAGGCCUCUGCUGGACCCUGCCCCCCAGCUGGUGCCGGCGCCCCUCGGGAAUAAUAUGCACAAAUAUGUGAAUCUGCCACACCCCCCGCCACCGCCACCGCCCGGAGCUUAUGCCCUAAACUUUGGGCCCCUGGAGCUGAGGUCGUGCCAGAACUACGGCAACUGCUACGGCGGAUUUGGUACUAGUCCGUCCACGGGCAACGGCGUAUGCUCGUUCUUCGGGGCUGCCACAAACUACUGUGUGGCAGCCAACUAUGCCAAGAACGCCGCCUAUCCGCCGCUCUGACGGCCACGGGCCACCGACGGUAUCUCUUUUAAUGGGCCCCAAGAGGUUACUUCAUGCAUAUGUAUUUCAAUUAGCCAAUUCUAUUAAUGCUUAAAAGUGUAUUAAAUAUAUACUUAAUACUAUUAAGACUAACAUAAAUUCGCCUACCUGACUAAUAUUUAAAUUAAUGACGCCACCAAGCGAGGUGUGACAGGACUUUGGAAAUAAACUAAAGGUUAUAGACAAUGUGACAUUUUAA